ACCCCCCUCAUUCCCUCACCCGCUGUUUCCGCAGCAACAGGGAAAAGAUGGCAGCCCUCGCGACCCUCACUCAGCUGUCAAGCGGGAACCCUGUAUAUGAGAACUUUUACAGACAGGUCGACCCGGGAAACACCGGGAGGGUUGGACCUACAGAGGCUGCCUUGUUCUUGAAAAAAUCAGGCCUGCCAGACAUCACAUUAGGAAAGAUCUGGGAUUUAGCUGAUCCAGAUGGCAAAGGUUUCUUGGAUAAACAGGGAUUUUACGUUGCCCUGCGACUCGUGGCCUGUGCGCAGAGCGGGCAAGACAUCAGCCUUUCCAGUUUAAACCUCCCCGUUCCCCCUCCAAAAUUCAAGGACCACAGCAGCCCAUCACUGAGUUCUGUGACAUCAACCAAUGAGAGCCACUGGGCUGUGCGGCCUGAAGAGAAGAACAAAUUUGAUGGAAUUUUUGAAAGUCUUGCCCCAGUGAACGGAUUACUGUCCGGUGAGAAGGUCAAACCAGUACUAAUAAACUCCAAACUUCCUGUGGAUGUUCUCGGAAAGGUGUGGGAUUUGAGUGACAUAGACAAAGACGGACACUUGGACAAAGAUGAGUUUGCAGUGGCUAUGCAUCUGGUGUACCGGGCCCUGGAGAAGGAGCCCGUGCCCUCCGUCCUGCCCUCCUCUCUCAUCCCUCCAUCUAAAAGGAAGAAGUCCUCCGGGUCUUUGUCCAACAUGGUGCCAGCGUUACCGGGCAGCCCACCGCCACCUAAAGACAGCCUGCGCUCGACCCCCUCUCAUGGCAGCAUGAACUCUCUCAACAGUGCUGGGAGUUUGUCCCCUAAACACACCCUCAAAUCCUCACAGCAUUCGGUAAACUGGGUGGUACCAGUGGCAGACAGAGGGCGCUAUGAUGACAUCUUCCUCAAAACUGACUCUGAUCUCGACGGCUUCGUCAGCGGUCAUGAAGUUAAAGAUAUCUUCAUGCAUUCAGGCCUUCCUCAGAACAUCCUGGCACAUAUUUGGGCUCUGGCGGACACUAGGCAAAUGGGCAAGCUCACACGCGAGCAGUUCUCCUUGGCCAUGUAUUUCAUUCAGCAGAAAGUGAGCAAAGGCUUGGAUCCGCCACAAGCUCUGAUUCCAGACAUGAUCCCACCGUCCGAACGCGGAACACCGGGACCUAGUCUGUCAGGAUAUAUGACACCAGUGGGCUCUGAAAUGGCUGCACUGAGCGAGAUGCGCCGGGACAGCUCCAGCUCUGUGGGUUCAGGCGAGUUCACCGGAAUUAAAGAACUGGACGAUAUAAGUCAGGAGAUCGCACAGCUGCAGAGCACUCUUGCUUUCACACACUGGGAUACACUCAGAGAGAAAUACACUUUGGAACAAGACAUCAGAGAAACAGAGGAGGCCAUCAGACACAAAACCACAGAGGUUCAGGAGAUGCAGAAUGAUCUGGACCGAGAGGCAUCCAGCCUCCAGGAGCUUGAGGCCCAGAAGCAGGACGCUCAGGACCGGCUGGAGGAGAUGGACCAGCAGAAGGCCAAGCUUGAAGACAUGCUCAAUGACGUACGGCAGAAGUGCCAGGAAGAAUCGCAAAUGAUCUCAUCCCUGCAGAACCAGAUCCAUUCGCAGGAGUCGGACCUCCAGAGCCAAGAGGAAGAGCUGGGCCGGGCCAAGGCUGACCUGAACCGCCUGCAGCAGGAGGAAGCGCAGCUUGAGCAGAGUCUACAAGCUGGCAGGAUUCAGCUAGAAACUAUCAUAAAGUCCCUCAAAGCCACGCAGGACGAGAUCAACCAGGCGCGGAGCAAACUCUCCCAGAUCCAGGACAGCCAACAUGAGAUCAGUAAGAGCAUUGAGCAGUACAGCAGCACCCUGAACGGGACCCACGGGGGCAGCAUGACCAACCUGGCCGACAUGAGUGAAGGCUUCCCAGAGAAGGAGAACGGAGGUUUCGGGGCCAUGGAGGACCCUUUCAAAGUGAAGACCACCACUGUGUUCAACAGUGCCCCUCAGGAGAUGCACACGGACCCCUUCCAGUCUGAAGACCCGUUUAAAACAGACCCAUUCAAAGGUGAUCCGUUCCAGAAUGACCCAUUCUCAAAGCAGACCACCACAGUUGCAGACCCUUUCGGCGGAGACCCUUUCAAAGAAGCCGACCCAUUUAGGACCUCUUCCGAGGAUUUCUUCAAGAAACCCUCAAAGCCGGACCCCUUCAGCAAUGCCGAUCCUUUCAGCAAAAGUGCCACUCUUCCCUCAAAGAGUCAUCAUUUCUCGAGUAACGACCCCUUCAUCUCCACCAGCCCCAAACCAAAAGGCCCAGAUUUCUUUGGUACUCUGGACCCGUUCGGGGGCAGUACAUUCGGCAGCAAUAGCGGAUUUGCAGACUUCAGCCAAAUGUCGAAGGGCUUCGUAGAUGACCCCUUCAGUCGAAAACAAGACAUGCCAGCCCUCCCGCCCAAGAAAAGCGUGCCACCGCGGCCCAAACCACCCAGUGGUAAAAGCACUCCUGUAAACGUGCCGGGAUCCGCAGAUUCGGCCAAGACCAGCGAUCCCUUCCAGCCCUUCAGUGCCGACCCCGUCGAUCCGUUUCAGAGUAAAAAGGGGGUUGGAGACCCGUUUAGUGGCAAAGACCCAUUUGCUCCAUCUGCCUCAAGUAAAGCCUCUAAAGACUCUUCAUUGGGUUUUGCUGACUUCAGCUCUGAACUGAGCGAAAUAAGUUUGGUAAUGAAGCCCAGCAGAUGGAGUGGGCGAAGCGGGAAAGCGAGAGAGCGGAACGGGACCGGCUGAAGAGACUGCGCCAGCAGGAGCAGGAAGACCUGGAGCUGGCCAUCGCUCUCAGCAAGGCCGAGAUGUCCAACGCCUGACCGCCAUCCCCUCAGAUCCACCCUUCUGUACACUACAGCGAAGAUUGUGUGUGUGCGUGACGGACCAAGAUAAAAUAAUUGCGAGUGGGACACAGUACCUGACAGUUUCAACCUCUAUCCUUUAGUGUUCAUGUGCAGGAGGGCGACCUAUGGUUUGUGAAUCAGCUAACUCAUUCUACGUGCACUGCAUUAACCUCUCAGAUGGAGUAUAUAGUUUAUUUAAAGUGUAUUAGUGUGUGUGUGAAUGUGCAUCAACAGAGCCAUGGACAUUUAAAGACCAUUAUUGGUCUCUGCAGAUCAUUAUCUCCACUGGUGGGGAAAAAAGGGACUGAAACCGAUAAGAAAGUUACGGUUUGAUCCUUGUUCGUACCAGAAACUUGAAUUACUGACGCUACACCCCCCCACCCCCCACCCCCCAAUGAGCCCUUGAGCAAGGCACUUAAUUCCAGGUUUCUUCUUGAAUUCAAUCGCUGUAAGCAUACUGUAAUUGGAUUUGGAUAAAGCGCGUCUGUUAAAUGAUAACUUACUAGCCCUGGCUGUAGUCAGGAUGGUACACACUGGAAUUACAGCUGAGCCUGCAGACUAAACGUCUGUGGAGAUCUUGACGAGACGGAAAGCUGAACAAAUCACAGUGUGAUUUUGCAAGUGUCGUUUAAGAGUUUGAUUCAGAAGUGAGCUUGUUGUCUUUCACAGAACUGUUCAGAUGAGAAGGAUCAGCAAAACUUCUAUAACUGCACUGAUUGUUUAAAUAUUUGACCAUGUUAAAAGGUUUAGCUGGUUAACACCACUGCAGGACUCAACAGUAAGGUUUUUUUGUAGGCCUCAUGACUAGGCUUAUUUUUUUAUUUUCCUUUAAAUGUUACAUUUUUUUCUUUACAAAAAUCUUGUAAAUACGUCUAUCAAUCAAGUCUAUUGGUUUGUCGUUUCAUUUUAUCGAUCUAUCUAUGUUUUAUUGAUUGCUCUGUUCUAUAUAUCAACUAUUGUUCUUUCAUCGUUCUAUUGUUUUAUCUAAAUGUACGUACAAAAUCAACAAGUCUUAGAUAUUUGGGGAGAAGGACUGCAAGCGACUUGCCAACUGAACUGCCAUCUAAUGAGCCAACCUUUUUGUUGAGUUCUGCACUGUGGUGUCAAAUUUGGUUGCAUAAAACAAAAACCGAUGCCACCAUCUUGAAACAGAGUAGAUUUUGCCAUUUAGGUUUUCGUCAUCUUCAAUUCGUUACUAGUUGUGUUUCGGCAUAAUUUGUGGCAUAGUUAUAUCAUUUUUUGCUUGAAUGUGUGAAACGCAUUUUUUUCUUCUUUAAUGCGAGAAUCUGCGCGAACAGAUUUAAAUGUGUUAUAUGUCUGGAGUACUAAACACCUGUUGGUAGCUAAAAGCACAAAUUAGCCAAAACAAAUGAACACGGUGAUGUGAAUUCAUGCGACAUAGAUUCCUUUAAAAACGGGCAAUUGCUGUUGUCGUUUAUUGCUUGCUUCGCCCUAACUUUUAGUCAGUAUUGGAUUUGACUUGAACGUUUUGGUGAUGGUACUUCCUGGCACAUUUCAAACCUGUGUUUUAUUUAUCGCGCUGCGUAAUAUCAACAUUUUUUUUUUUUAAUGGACCAUCUGCUGUUCUUUAACAGUAGACUGUUUUACUGGUACUAUUAACACGUUUUAACCCAUGAAUGAUCUGUUUUCAUUGAAUCAUUGGAAUAGCUGUUUCCUCAGUUUGAAUCUGUAAUGUGGUUGGUCAUUACAGGUCAAAUUUUUCUGCGUGAUGAUUGAUGCUCAUGUCCAAAAUUGUGGACACAAAUGUGUAAUGUUAAGAUGAACAACUGUGACAUAUCCCAGUACACUGCUAACUUUCGGCUACGUCAUCUUUUUGUUCCUCUUUUUUUUUUUCUUUACUCCCUAUUAGCUUGUGUUGUUUUGACCGCAAAUAGCUGCUUGACACUCCCUGGUCAUGUUAGUGUCACACUAAACAGUGUUACUUUGUCUUAUUUAAAAUGUAUUAGAUGGAGCCUAGCUCGCAAUGAAACUCGUGCGGUGGUUUUUGAAACCUGGUUUAUCUGAUUCCAGUAUUACACCAAUCUUCAUUCAGUUGAGCGUUUUUUAACAAAACCGUACGUCUUAACAUAUGUUUCGUACGUUGACAAAACCGUACGACUGGAAUCGAAAGCCAGUGUGUCCCAGACACGGAUAACGUCAGUUUUUGGCAUAUGAAGGUUUUUUUUUUUUUUUUUCUGACAUAAUGUAGGCAAGUGGGUUGAUAAACCUGGGACUUUGGUCCCGGCUUUAUUGCCUUUUCCUGUUACAAAAAAACAAGAUAACAGAACCAUUCAAACUAAAAUACAAAUCGCAAACGUUUUGUUAGCGCUCCUUUUAUGCUGUAUUUGUCCUUUAUACCUCCACUGUGCAAUAGUUUGUAUAUUUUAUUUGUUGUAAUACCUGUACAUUCAUUUGUUUUCAUAUCCUGUUUUAUUAUCCAUGUUUUUUUUCUCUUUUUAAAGAAAAAAGAAAGUGAAUAUUUUUUUAGUGACUUGUCAUAAUUUUGGGGCGUAUGUCCCAUAAAACUCGAGCUGAAUGAAUUCCUUUUUGGCCUGCCUUUAACCCCUCGCCCGUGCAGAUAAGAGCGAUAUUAACCCGAUAGAGAAAUGCGUAAGAGUAUACAGAAACCAUGUAUAUUAUGUGUUAUAUUUGUCCUAUAAAACAUGAGUAACUGCACAUGUGUAACUCUAAACAUUUUAAGGAUUUCAGACUGCAUUGAUAGUGAUUAGUGAUGCUUGGAUUCCUUUGGAAAUGUUCAUGCUCCGUAUGUUGUCCCUUGAUUUCACAGAAUAAACAAAAGAUAACAUUUCA